AUGAGUAACAAUACAACAUCGAUUGAUUCAAAUCUUAACUAUGAUUAUGAUCGUAAUGGAGCAGUAAUAUAUACAGUAGUUAUAUUAUUAUUUUAUUCACUUUCAUUAUUUUGUUCAUUAAUAUUGAAUAUUGAUCCAGAUGAUGAUGAUUCUUAUGAAAAGAAAUGGAGUGUUUAUAAAGAAAUGAAGAAUAGAAAAACAUUUCAUACAAGUCAUGUAGAUGUUUUAAGUAAGUUAGUAAAAGAAUAUCUUUUACAAAUAAAAGGUUUUUUAUUAGAUAUUCUAGCUGAUCAAACAUUACGUACAAAAUAUUGGAGAAUUUAUUAUGGAGAUGAAAAAUUAAAUUUUCAACCAGAAAAAUUUAUUUCUGCUGAAUCAAAACGUUUAUUUGCUGUUUCACAACUUGUCACUCGAUUAAAUAAUGAACAACGAAAACAUUCAAAUAAACAUGAAGAAUUUAAUGAAUUAAAUGAAAGGAAAACAUAUCGUUCUCUACAAUCUUCACCUGAAGCUACAUCAACACCAUCAUCAUUUUUAUUCAAAUUUAGACGAGCACGUUCAACAUCUGUUCCAAGUGAGAAUAUCAGUUUAAAUACUCCGAUAGAACGAAGAUCCUUUGAUAUACUUUCUCAAACACCAUUAUGUAAACCACCACUUAUUACUGUCACAAAACAUCCAUGA